AUGCCCCCCAAAAAACGCACCAAACCCAACCCCACAACCAAGCUCCCCCAGGACUCCACCACAUCCCCAUCCCCCCUCCCCUCCCGAAGCACCUUCUCCAAAACAUGGCCCGCCAACGUCCCGCCCCGCGAGACCCCAAAACCCCCCUGCUUCACCUGCGGCCGCCGCUACAAGACCACAGACCCCUACCAACCGACGCUCCGCCCCGAACCCCCCGCCCGCCUCCCCUGCUCCUGCGUCCUCGGCGCCGACUGCCUCGCGCACCACCUCUACUCCUCCAACGCCUAUCCGAAAUGCAGCACCCUACUCUUCGAAUGGGAGAAAGGGGAUGUGCUAGUGGAUGUCUACAUCACGCCAACACGAACGCUGUUCUUCGCGGAGUUUGAUCAGAGGUGUCCAAGGGUGGAGGUGGAGCGGCUGGAGGGGGAUGUGUGUGGGGGGUGUUUUCGGGAGUGGGGGGGUGUGGUGGAGGAUUUUCUGAGGGAGGUGGCGGUGAGGGUGCCGUGCGGGUGUGUGGUGGGCAGGGAUUGCUUUUUGGUGAAGGUGAGGGGAGAGAAGUCUUGUCCGGCGUGUGGGAGGUUGGUGUAUACGGAGACAGAGGGGGAGAAAACGGAGAGGGCGGGGCUUCAAGAGAGGUUGGAGAGGAGGGUGGGGGAGAGGGAGAGGGAGAGGGAGGGGGGAGGGGAGUAG